AUGCCUGAAGAGGCACCACAGUACUCGCACAAUGGCAACCGGCACAGCGCAAUAGAGCUGGGAAUGGACGUGGAUAGCGAGGGCGCCUACGAUGACGCCGCUGAUGGGCGCGAGGGGGACGCGGCUCUGCUCUCCGAGUCCCCUGAGUCCGGAGACGUCUUGAUCAACCUUGCGCGUCUCAUGCAGAUAAUCACGAUUCAAAUCUACCGCGUCCGUUGCCAUCCCAAGAACCCGGCCGGAGAGUAUCCUUGCAUCGACAAGAUCCACGAAACGCAAGAGAAUCCCGCAGCCCAGGUUCUGCAGAGCACCUCGGAGUUCACGGGGAUUUUGGAACGAUUUUGCACGUCUUCCUCGUCGUACAUGCCUACGCCUUCGCUAUUCAGCUCGGAAAGUGGGAGUUUGGGUGCCGACGCGGCAGACUCACUGCCCAACGGGCCACCGCUACGGCAAGACGACUCUUGUUCGGCCAACACGGGACCCGUUGGCACGCCUGCGGUGCUCUUGAUCCUCUCUUGCUACCUCCAACUCUUGCGGCUCUACGACGCCAUCACCAAUCGGAUGCUCCAGUCGCUACGGCAGCUGCAGGACGUGGUUGGCUUUUUCCAGACGGCCAUUGAGCUGCGGAUCAGCGGCCUGCCUUCUAUCAAGGGAUACUUGUACAUCAAGGUUCUCGUGCAAAUUAUGGAGCAUCAGAUCAAUGCCAUGGAGAAGCUGCUCGGUCUUCCGGCCGAGUACCGUCUUUUCGGGCGGACCGCAUCGACGGGAAUACUCAGCACCGUCGAAUUGUCGCGUCUGUUGAAGGUCGUUAUGGCCCAGGGGGGAGGUGGUCCGGCAAAAUCAGGCAGCUCGCUGGUAGAUUCAAUCCAGGAAAACUUGACGAGUAUCAAGGAACUACUGCAGGGCUAG